GGCAGUUUUGUACAGUACUCCAGCAAGCAACGACUUACAACAAGCAUUGCCGCACUGUCUUUUUCUCAUUCAUCCCACCCAAGAAACAUCACAAUGUGGAAGCCUAAUAGGCUGCUGUCGUCUCUUUCAGACUUGCAAAAUGGUCGCUGUCUCAGCUGUCAAUUGCGCAAGGCGACUGCGCACCUUGACAGACCUGCGCUGCGGUACUAUGCCAGCAGCAGCAACGGCAGCAGCGGCAGCAGCAGCAGCAGCAAACCCUCGCCCACGCCAGCUACAACCAAAGUCCCUUCCAAACCCGUCUACUCUCCAACAGCCUCCAAGAUUCCAACCCCAACACCCGGCCAAGACUUCGUGCCUCCACCUCUAGACCGACCCAUCGGGUCCCCCGUGCCUCCAAGUGAGGGACAAAACACCGGUGUCGACGAGCGAUCAUUCGGGCAACGACGAGAUGACUUUGUCAACUACGAGAGACACUUGGAAAGGCGGAAACAACUAGCCCACCAAGUAGCCAAGCCGUACUUCCGCGAAUGGAACAACAUGCGCCACCACGAAGGCAAGAGCUUCGUGGCGAACACGCGGCUCUUUAAGCGCGACAAGGCCCUGUACUUCCCCAACAUGCGGGGCAUCACGCUGGCCUCGAAGCGGCAGCCGCGCGAUACGACCCCGCUCUUCCGGGGCCGCAUCACCGUGGUCAACAUCUUCUCGAGCCUGUGGGCCGAGAACCAGACGUCGACGUUCACGCACCGGGAGAAGAACCCGGGAUUGUACGAGGCGUUUCAGGCAGCAGUGGAGGGGUCCUACGACAAGAACAUCGUGCAGAAGGUCGACAUUAACCUCGAGCAGAACCCGCUCAAAGGGGCGAUCGUCAAGAUGUUCAUGUGGUCGAUGCGCCGGAACCUGCCCAGCGCGCAGCACGACAAGUACUUCCUGGUGACCAAGGGCGUGGACGAGCGGCUGCGCGAGACGAUCGGCAUGAUGAACUCCAAGGUCGGGUAUGUCUACCUGCUGGACGAGAACUGCCGCAUCCGGUGGGCGGGCAGUGGCAACGCCGAGCCGGAGGAGAAGGAGGCGUUGAACAACGGCGUCCGGAAGCUGGCGCAGGAGCGCCGCGUGAGUGUGGAGAGUGAGACACCGGCGGCGGAGUGGGCCAGCGAGCAGAAGGCCGAGCAGGUGAAGAAGGCUAGGGUUGUGAUGCCUUGAUUUGGGGCAGCCAUGAUAGCCAAGCAUAUGGCGGUUGUAUGUGUAUGUACAUAUCAAGUAGCAUUGGUUGGGGGAUGCCGCACUGUAAGAUAGAUACUAGGUAUAUGCUAGCACGCAAAAAUAUCGAGACACCUCUCCC